UUCAAAACGAGAUGUUGUCGGCAAGAUGGCAGCUCAUGUAGGGACAGCAACCAUGGUAGAGACAACGGUCUGCUGGAAAUAUAUAUCGUUGCACUCUGAAUACGAGAUUCUUAGUUGUGAUUACUACCAGUUGGAUGUUGACAUGAACCUGCCAUACUGGUAUUCCAAAGGUCUUGUCCACCAGCACAGCAACAUCCAACAGUUUGCAGGGAAGGUAUCUUACAAAAACCCCUUUGUGAAGGCCCAAACUACAAAUGCCAGUUCUGCAGCAAAGUGGGAGAAUAUGCAUAUGUUGCGGCACAUAUGCAGACCCACGAGAAGUCAGCUGUUAAACAUGGAGGGUAUAAAAUGUACAGAUGCCAUGGUGGAUGUGUCAAAAGCCACCAUUAUCACUGCUGCUACUGUACAAGGAUUAUAACCCGGCAAAAUUUAUUUUUGAGCCACGUGCAGAAAUGUGGGUUAGCUAACCCUCCAAAAGGUCCCGGUGCCUCUGCACCCUCUGGUGUCACUGUAGCCCCCACCAUAGCUUCCAUCGUCUCUGCACCCUUCAUUGUCUCUGCACCUACAAUCAUCUCUACAGCAUCCAUCGUCUCUGCAGCCUCCAUUGGCUCUGCAUGCUCCAAUGUCCAGUCCUUGACAGCCCACAAGGCAAGAAACCUGCACGUCACAGUACGGAGGCGAUCAGAUGGCCGCAUGCGUCUGGAGUUGUGCAAAGAGUGCAGACUGUACCACUGUCCUUUCUGCCAGCCAUCUGUCUACAAACCAAAGGGAGAAUACGCAAGUGUUUGGACACAUGUGGAAAUUCACCGAAUGAGGGCCUUACAACAUGGAGAGUAUAACAUUUACGUUUGCCAUUUGAAGUGCAGAGGAGAAAGACAUUUUCACUGUCCGUACUGUCCGAAGACAAUUAUUACUCGGAAACAGUUUGAAAGUCAUAUGGACAAAUGUGUGGCGACACAAAGUUCAACAGCAGCCACAGCGGUCCAAUCAGUUGUUCCACCUGGCGCUCCUGCUCGACCCGCGGCCACGGUCGGCCAGGGUGCCAUCCUCCUGCUCAACCUCGCUACACCCGUUCAGCAAACAGUUACGAUCGAACAGUGUUCGGCUCCGCCUGACCGCCCUGUUAAAACAAAAAGCACAUUAGAUCAGGGUCCUGCUCCUCCUCAUGGCCCUGUUGAGCCCACAACAGUCGGCCAGCCUGCUGCUCCACACGUCCAGCCUAUAACCCCUGCAGUCCACCCCGGUGCUCUAACAGACAACCCCGUUAAACCAACGGCUCAAAUAUUCAGAACAGCAGGAAGAAAAAUAAAAUGUCCAAUGUGCAACUUAUACUUGAAUAAAAAAAAUCUAAGAAAACACAAACUCAGGAAACACUUAAUUUCUGAGAUAGACAUAACAGCCAAAGACCAUCUUAGAAGUCAGUGUAUUGAUUCUCAGAACGGGGUUUAUGCUGUAGCAAAGUCCUAUAAAGCCACUGCCGUACCAGUUCACGUCAUCAAAAAAAAAUCUGGCAGCACACACAAAAUGUUGUGCGGAGAAGAUCGGUGUGAGGUUAUUGCAGAUUUCCGAAGGAGGAGCGGUUUGACUAACAGCCAGUGUCCCCACCUGCGAUCUGUCGAUUUUUGUUUUACGCACGCAAAUAUAGAAGAGCUGAAACCUGGUGUGCUGGAGCAACUGGUUGCCAGUAAAUGGAUUGGAAAGGACAUGGGGGCCAAGUGCCUUGACCAUCGUGACCAAGCAACACAAAACAGGACCCCACUCGUUACUCUUGUGGCUCUUGGCGGAAGUCAUUGCAUGUAUUUGUCUGUGUUCGAGCCCAAAGUGUCACAAUACAGUAAGUUAGGAAGAGUAUUUGUGACUUAUAACAUAAAGCGAAGGUUAUGGCAUUGUGAUUGUUCUCAUGGGAGAAUUGCUUGCUUGCACAAAUGUGCAGCCAAAUGGUAUCUCUUCCAAACCAACAAAGAGUUAUUUUCUUCAGAUGCCAAACAAGACAAAUCACUAAGCAUAUCUGAGUUCACAGAGGAUUCGCCUACGGAAAAUUCAACUGGAAUUGUGUCAGGAGAGGAAGGACUGAAACAAACAGCAAAAUAUAUUUACAACCAAAAAAAACUGCCCUCUGUGUUUCCAGAAAAAAUCAUCCAGUUUGACCCUGAAACACACUUUUCAAAGCGUUUGGUUCCAGCUGAAACUGUCUGCCAAGAUUGCCCAGGUCAUGUUUCCUUAACAGAGCCGGAGCUGAUCACCAACAAAGCGAGAGUCAUUACUGUGACAGGAGUGAUGGAAGAUAUAUCCACCUUUUUCAAAAAGUGUCCAAACUGUGAAAUGGUCUACUGUUACCAGGAGUGGAGUGAAGGUCUGCACAAUUACAACAACCACGCAAUCCUGAGUCUGGAACUCUGUUUGUUGCUGCGAAGCCUGAUGAAGGAUCACACCGCUGAUGGUGGAGUGGUGGAGGUGCUGGAGCGGGCUGUAGGUGUCAAGUCUCCAUAUAGCGUGGAUGUGCUUCAGGCAUACCUCCACUUUGAAGCUCUUACCAGUCACAGCUGUCCGUCCUCAGUCAUGUUGGAUCUUUAUCAAAAAGGGGUUUUCAGCAUUGACGGGAUGGACCUGCCAGAGUCUUUCACUGGAGACGCAAACGAAGGAGAGUUCUGGGAUACGGUGUGCAUAGAAGUGAUUUCUAGCGCCCUUGUUGCUCGAAAUGCUACCAGCGUUGCCUCCAUAAACAGCAACCUCAAAGAAGCUGCAGUGUCUGCUGUCACGACCUCCUUCGCCCUGGCUGAGAGAAAGAGGCUCAGCAAGCAAAGAACAAAGGAGUGUCACAGAGCUGUGAUCAGAUAUCUUGUGAAAGGAUUAAAUCCCUUGUCCACAGUGGAGUCACCAUGGUUCAAAGAAAUGACAGAAACGUUAAACCCAAAGUACCAGCUGCCCUCCAGAGAUCAGCUCAUAAAUACACUGAUACCUUCAUGGUACUUGUUGGAGAGGAAGAACCUCAUCAGAGAGCUGCUUCGGGUGUCCAAGGCUGCCGUGACGUGCGACUGGUGGACAAGUCUUGCCCACGACCGUUACCUGACAGUUACUUUACACUUCAUAAUGAAAGGCCAGAAGAGGCAGAAAGUGCUCCGUACAAAGUCAGUUUACGACUCUCAGACAGGCACGGCGGCAGUGGAGCAGAUCGGCCGUAUACUGGAGGAAUAUGGCGUCAAAGACAAGGUUGUCGCCAUGACGGUGGAAAACGGAUUCAAUAUGGACUUUUCCAUCAAGAAAUUGCCGUUAAGGAAGCUGAGGUGUUUUGCGCACAUCCUAAGUCUCGCUGCACAGAAGGUGCACACCAGCAACACUGUGGCCAGAUGGGCGUCAAAGAUAAGAGACGUUGUUGUGUGGAUCAAAGGGUCUUCCAAUGCUGAAACAGUUCUUCAAGAGAAACAACAGCUCUGGAAUCUACCAGAGCAUUCUGUAAUAGUCGACGUCCGAACACGUUGGAACUCGUUUUACCUCAUGGUGGAGAGGUUUGUAGAGCAGUACGCUGCCAUUCAGGCCACCACCACAGAUCCCCGGCUCAAACUGUCUGUUGAGAAGAAAAGGCUUGAAACGCUCUCAGAGGCCGAUCUCCAAAAGGCAGAAGAGUUCAUCAGGACCAUGAAGCCUCUGUAUAGAUCUUCGCUCUGCAUCUCAGCCGACAAGAGUCCAACUUGUAGUCAGAUAUUUCCUAUCCUGAAGAAACUGGAGGCCCACUUUGAAACUCAGGAUGAGGACUCUCUUUUCAUAGCCACACUCAAGGAGAAAGUCUGGGGUGACCUGUCUACAUGUUAUAAGGACGGUGACACUUGGAAGUUCCUACAGGAGGCGAGUGCGAUGGACCCGAGGUUCAAGAACAGAGUUGACUCUGACGAGAUCUGGAACAGAGUGAAAAGUGCUGCAGUUACGGUUACAAUCACAACGGGGCAGGUGUCAAAUCAGGAGGAACACAGACUUCAGGGGGAGGACAGUGACGCUGAUGAUGUAUCUGAGCAAAAUGACGAGUAUUCAGAUGAGACUCCAUUGCCCAAAAAACCGAGGUUAACUGCCCUGGAGGAGCUUUUUGACGAGGAGGACAGAGCUCUGAAGAGCGGCGCAGCAGCAGAAAAGACCCUAUCCAUCCUUGAAAGAGUCCAGCGAGAAAUACAGCUGUACAGAAAUCUGCCUGCGAUACCCACAUCAGAGGACGCUCUGGCCUGGUGGUGGGAGCGACAGGACAUGCUGCCUCUCCUGUUUGAACUCUCCAACUCAUACCUGUGUAUCCAAGCAUCGUCAGCAGGCGACACAAUCAGCCAAGAGAGGUCACAUAUUGUACCAGAACAGGCAGAUAUGCAGAUUUUUCUACAGAAAAAUUGAUCAGAUGUGACAACCGAUACAUAAAGUGUUAAAAUCCUGUUAUUUACAAUGAACAUGUUCAAGUAGAUCGUUCACUGUGCUGCUGUUGAAUGAAUAUUAGGUUGAUGUGACAACCAAGAGUAUAAACAUGUUUUGAUGUUAUGUACAUUAAAAUAAAGGAUUUUAUAUUUGUUCA